CCCACGACCUCACUCACACCCGCCAGUCUGUAGAUACACGGGCGAGGACAGGCGGGGCGACGGCUGGUGUAACUCUUUCAUCGCCCCGGCAUUUAUAGAAGUAAAAGGCAAUCUGUCAACACACACGCACCACGCCAGGAAUGAUGUAUUUGGUCCGUGUACAGAGCGGUGCCAACGCCUGCCAGUAACAUCGAGUCCACACACUGACGGGAAACAACGACAGCCCGGGGCUCUCUCUCUCUCUCAGGCUCACUGUGAGGAAUGUAAAUUAGACUCCGCCCCGGGACUUUCUAACCGGACACGUGAAGUCUGUCAUUUACUUGUUGGAGAUACUGUGCAAGCAGGGAAAGAAAACACAAGUCACCACUCGAGUCCACAGCGCACGGCAGCAAAGUCGGUUGCAAUCCAGUUGUUUCGGUGUUCCGAUCUGCGGAUUUAUCCGGCUCUAGUGUAAUCUCAGGUAAAAAUCCCCCCCCCCACAAAGUCGAUAAGUGGUUCAGCGUUGCUCUUGUGCCAGCAUGGUUGUGAUUGAAGGAACUGGGAUGACUGCUGGGGUCUCAGAGCAAGACUGAAAACACGCCAGUCUCAUGACAACUUGGAAAGCUCCUGCUGCAAUGAGAUGCUACUGGAAGCGAUCAGUAACUACUCUUGGUUUUUCCCUGUUCCUUUGCUUGCUUGUGUAUAUUUGCACAAAGGAUGAUGAAGAAGAGAGUGCACUGAAAAUGGAAGAAAGGCGAUUGGCCAAAGAAAUAGCCGUGCAGCAGCUGUACUCCGAGAGGAACGUGCAGAACUUCAGGGAGCUGGUCAAUUUCUCUUCCCCCAUUAACGUCACCUAUCAAUAUUUGGCAGGGUACCCUUUGUUAAAAAAAAAAUACAUCACAGUAGGAUUGUCUUCUGUGAAACGGAAGCGAGGAAAUUACCUUCUUGAGACACUUAAGUCCAUCUUCAAGCAGUCUACUAAUGAAGAGCUCACCGAGAUGGUGGUGGUCGUCCACAUGGCUGACUUUGACAUGCUGUGGAAUAUGCAAGUGGUGCAGGACAUCUCUACAAAAUUUGCCCACCACAUAAUCUCUGGCCACUUGAUCAUCAUUCAUGCCCCUGAACAGCACUACCCACCGCUAACAGGCCUGAAAAGAAAUUAUAAUGACCCUGCUGAUCGUGUGACAUUCAGGUCAAAACAAAAUGUUGACUAUGCUUUCCUGCUCAACUUUUGUGCAAAUGUAUCUGAUUAUUACAUAAUGCUGGAAGAUGAUGUUCAAUGUUCCCACUCUUUCCUAACUGCAAUUAAGAAAGUCCUUGCUUCAAAAGAGGGCUCCUACUGGGUGACCUUGGAAUUUUCCAAGCUGGGCUACAUUGGAAAACUUUACCAUUCAACUGACCUUCCUAGACUGGCCCACUUUCUUCUGAUGUUUUACCAAGAGAUGCCAUGUGACUGGUUACUAAGUCAUUUCCGAAACCUUCUCACACAAAAAAAUGUCAUUCGUUUUAAGCCUUCCUUGUUCCAACACAUCGGAUACUAUUCAUCUUUCAGGGGUACGGAAAAUAGGUUAAAGGACGAUGACUUUGAAGAAGACUUCUUUGAUGUUCCUGACAACCCGCCAGCAACAAUCUCCACUAGCCUCAAAGUUUUUGAAAACUAUGACCCCAGCAAAGCCUACAGUAAUAGUGAUGAGUACUUCUGGGGAAAAUCACCCAGCACUGGGGAUUUCUUCACCAUUGUGUUCAUGAAGCCGAUGAACAUCACCAGAAUUCACAUAGUCACUGGCUCAGAAGAUAGACAUGGUGAUGUUCUUCAUUCUGGGAUCGUUGAAGUUGGAAAGAAUCCAAAAUUGACACAAAAGGGGAAAGAUUGCAUAGAAUAUGUUAAACUAAAGGAGUUUCAAAAUGGACAGUUUGACCAAAAAGAUGUAGGUAACAUUAUAAACUUCACCGUAGAAUGUGUACGGAUAUUUGUGACAGAAAGCCAAAGCGACUGGCUUAUUAUUCGUAGUAUUAGUAUUUGGGCAAAGCAAGCCACCUCACUAUGACAAAGUACAUGAAUUAUACCCCUCUAUUGUCUUUGGCUGUCCUCUCCUCAGUGACCUGCCUUGGGUUAUUGUUCUGUGUGUACACCUCGUAAAGCAGUCGCUUGUUCGUGACCGGGUCUGCCUAGCGAACUUUGAGAGCUUGUUGCACUGUGCAGCCUCAUCAAUUUCCGAAUGCACCUCCAGCCCUCAGAUGGUGAUUAGGAGAAAGCCUCUAUGCAGAUUCAGAUCCCUUCCCCUCGUCCCUGUCCAGGAGGAUCACAUUAGAGUGCAUCAGUUCAGGAAUACCGAAAAGAGCUAAAUAAUUAGUGGUUUGGCAAUUUUUCAGAUGUACAUAAUCUUUCAAUAAAUCAUGAGCGUUAUUCCAAUAGACCACACGAAAAUGACUUAUGAACGACACUCUGCCAGCCAGCUAGCCGGAAUCACGAGUCAAUUGCUUAGUUCCUGGUGUGGCAUGCAGCACAAAUGAUAGAUGUUUUGAAAAAAGUGCGAGAUUUUGUAUUCUAAGCUGAUGUUGAAAUAUGUCAGCCCAGAAUUAUGAAAUCUGUUCAGAGGUUUAAUUAUCAUGGUGAUCAGUAGGCAGCUCUCUCGUUUCCUCCACCUUUUAGCCCUUCACGUGUGUGAUGGGUAGUGAGAGAGUGUGACUGGGCAAGUAGACAGGGCCGGGAAGCAUGAUAAUUGAACUUCAAAGCUCACAUGAACAUUUUACAAAGAAAGCUCUGGAUAUUUGAUCUUUUUUUUUCCUGCAUCAAAAAUGAAUAAGCACAAUAAAUCUGGCAGACAAACUGAAAAGCUAAAAAAUUUAAAGUUUUUGAGCAAGAAUGGUAACAGUCAUGUUCAGAUCAAAUGGACAUUAGAUCACACCUAAUCUUUUCCAAUAAGGUGAUCAAGAGUUAAACCCUCUGUGGUCAUCCCCAAAAUGGAAGAUUUGCACAUUGUGGUACAGGUUUGCAAUGUGAUGGAAGGAGUACAAAGUGUCAGGUUGUGUGUCCUGUCUUUGUUUUACCUGAAAAGGAAUAACCCACAACUAGGGAUGUCCCCAACUCAGUAUCUGAGUCUAAGAAUGGAGAGGAUUGGUAGGGGACUUGUAGGAGGGAGAAUUUAAGUUAAUUUGUUCUUUAUAAAUGAUUUUACAAUUCCUCUUCAAAUGGACCCAGUUGAGCUUUGCCUCACCUUAGGGAAGGGGAUCAAUGGCCUUUAUUAAGUGUAAAUAACUGUGGACAAAUUAUGUAUAUUUUGUACAAGUAUUUGUACCUUGAUUCAAAGAAUGCCUUGACAUGUAAUAUAUUCCACAAAUAAUGUGAUCAUUGAUGUUUUCAAGGUAACUUUGCAAAUGAAGAUGUUUAUUCAUGAUAUCUUUUGAAUAAGGAAUUGUUUACUUGUUUUUUAAUGAGAUGAGCAGCUGUUAAAAUAUUUGGAUAUUAAAUGCAGUUGUGGUUCAUUAAUGUUAGAUAUGCUGCACUAUUACAGUUAGCUUUUUCAAGA